GGCGGGGCGGGCGGGCGCUGUCUCCGGGGGCACCCGCAGCGCCCCGAACGCGACGAGGUGCGAAGGCAGCGGCCGGCGGAGAAAGCGCGCACCGAGCGGCAGCCGCGCCCUGAGCCGCGGGAGCGGGAGCUCCGCGGUUCCCCCGCAGGGCUGCUCCUCCCGGGCCCGGCACUGCCCUGUGCCGCCGCCUGGGCCAAGCCGAACCGGGCAGGGGCAGCUGUUACCCCGGGGCGACGGGCAGAGGGUACGUGCCGUGGCAGACUUCGGGCAGGGCGGCCGGGAAACGAGAAGAAAAGAAAAAGGGACAAGGGAAAGGGAGAAGGAAAGGGAAAAGAAAGAGGAUUGGUGAAAAAAAAAAAAAAAGAGAAUGAAAGAAGGACUAGGGGAGGAGAAGAAUACAAGGAGUGGGAAAUAUGAAGGAAAGAGAAAGGAAAAGAAGAGGAAAAUUAAAGGGAGAGGGAAACAACGAGGAAAGGAAAAAUGAAAGUAGAAGGAGAAAAGGGAAAGGAAAAGGAAAUCUUGAAGUAAGGGGGAGCGAAACAGGAAGAAAAGAGAAAGACAAUAGGGAAAGGGGAGAGAAUGGAGGAAAGGAAGAGUAUAAGGAAAAUGGGUGACAAGAGAAGAUGAAAGAAAAAAGAAAAGGAGAGAAAAAUUUAAGAAGAAAGAGAGGACUGGAUAGGGGAAGGGAAAGAGUGGAGGGAAGAAGAAAGAGGAAGGAGGUGAGGGGAGGUAAAGAGAGGGAAAAGGGAAGGUUUGCUUGUAGCACAUCAAGGCUGCACAGACCAGCAACCCAGAGCAGCCCAGUCCUCCCUAGUCUAGCCUAAGGACAAGUGCCGUGGUGCUGCCCAGGUGCUUGAUAAGCACCAGGUGACCUGCCUGCCAGCGAGCACAGGGACGUGGUCACACUCCCAUGUCCCUAGAAACAGACUUCUGGGGCCUGCAUGCCUGCCUUCCCCAAUGCAGCUUUCUCCAGCAUAGAGGGACUGGAGCCCAUCCUGUACCUCCCUCUCCCACCACUCACUCGCUGCGCAGAGUCCACCUCACUCACUCUGGCUGCACAGGGAGCAGCAGGGGACAGAAGUAUCCACUAUCCUCAGGCUUGGCCUGGGUGAACCAGUGUGAUCUGGGGUGCAAGGCUACUUGGUUUUGUCUCAGGGCUGGCAGGGUUGGGGCAGGACUGGGGGAACACAGCAGCUGGGAGCUAACCCUGGUUCUCCUUUCUGCCAGGGGCCUGUGUUGGAAGGAGAUCUAAGAUGAAGUUAUGGGAUGUUGUGGCUGUCUGCGUGGUGCUGCUCAACACGGUCUCCACCUUGCCCCUGCCCACCGGUAAGACGCCUCCCAAGGGGUCCCCUUCAGUGGUAGAGGGACCUGAAGAUGAUCUCUCCCCCAUCAGCCUGCUGCCUCCCUAUGCUGUGCACAGUGACUCUAAUAUGCCAGAGGAUUAUCCAGAUCAGUUUGAUGAGGUAGUGGACUUUAUUCAAGCCACUAUUAAAAGACUGAGGAGGUCGCCAGAUAAACAGACUCCAAUUUUUUCUAGGCGGGAGAGGAAUCGUCAAAAUGCAGCCACAAACAUAGAGAAUUCCAACAAAAAAGGAAGGAGGAAUCAAAAGGGCAGAAAUCGAGGAUGUGUCUUAACAGAAAUACAUUUAAAUGUGACCGACUUGGAUUUGGGAUAUGAAACCAAAGAAGAGCUAAUUUUCCGGUAUUGCAGUGGAUCUUGUGAUGCAGCUGAGACCACCUAUGACAAAAUUUUAAAAAACUUAACCAAAAAGAAAAAACUGGUCACUGACAAAGUGAGGCAAGCCUGUUGCAGACCCACAGCCUUUGAUGAUGACCUGUCCUUUUUGGAUGAUAACCUGGUUUACCACAUACUGAAAAAACAUUCCGCUAAAAGGUGUGGAUGUGUCUGACAGCUGCAUGCCGAGGCGGCACCAGUUUUCCAUUCCUGCUACGCUGCAAAGAGAGGGACCAAGGUUCCCAGGGAAUUGUCUGCUCCAAGUGGAGGACAAAGGACCAAGAACACAGAAUGAGGAGCCACGAGAGCCUGGGGAUAAGGAGGCAUGCGGCAGAGUAGAAGGAUGGAGACUUCUGACGUCCUAUGGGGAUUUAGAUAAAAGCUCAGGUGGAGAUGAUGAUGGAUGGAUGAUGUGCACGCUACCUUUCCUGUUUGACUCAGUCCACCAUCAGUGAGACUCAAUCCAUGAGGAACGUGCUUAAAAACACAACCCUGCCAUACCACGCUGUGUUGUAGUUAUGCCAUGAUAUACCAGUUAUACUGAGAAGCUUAGCUAAGAAGUAGCUUAGGAGUACCUUACUAAUCCCCUGUGCCCUCAGCUCUACUGAAAGACACAAUGUGCUACUGCUCACUGGAGGGCAGUUCCUGAAUGCUUAGGACAACUCCUAAGCUAUAAGAUUACCCUUGUAAGUAAGAUGAUAUUGGGAAAAUAUCAAAAUGACCAGGCUCUAGUUCUUAUGAAGCAAGACAGUUCCACUUACUGGUUAAGUUUGGUUAUUUCCACCUUGUGUUUCUUCAAAACGAGUGCAGGAUUUUGUUCUGCUACCUGUGAAAACAAGUUGAGUUUUUAAGCACUUCUUCCUAGUACAGUAAGAGAAAUAACAAGCCCAGCCUACACAAAAUGUGUUUCUUUAGGUUUACAAAGGACUAAUGUCACUUGCAUAACAUUUCUAUUUGGUCAUUGUGAUAGAGAGAGACUACUUGAUGCAAUGCAUCCCUUCAGAGACAUAAGUAUACAGAAGAUAUUUAUUGAGAUUAAGUUAUUGUUAUUUAUUACAGUUCAGUAAUGAGUCUCCUUAUUUAUUAAAGUGUCUUUCAAAGGUGCCAAAGUAGAUGGCACUUGGGGAUAUAGAGAGACAAAGACGUUGGGAACAACGGUCCAUGCUUUUGAUUGAAAGUGUUAACUUGAAUGCAAAAAAUCACUUACUUUACCUUUUUUCUUUCAAACAAAAUCUUGAUUAUGUUCACAAAAGGUAGUGCUGAAGCCUGCAGCCCUUAUUCCUGUCACUAAGCCUUUUGAAAAUUACUGCUGUAAGUUACAUGUGUGCGGUAGCAGCAAUGGCUCUGGACAAGUGAGGGUCGCAGGACUUGGCUCAACAUUAGCAAUUUGUUAGAAGAACUAAUUUUAGUCAUAUUUUAAAUGUAGCCACAUUUUUUUUCUCACAAUUUAUGCCAACUGACCUCAUAUAACUAUUGACAAAUGGAAAAUAAUCACAUUUAGCCUUAUAAUUUCUAGUUAUAUUUAUUUAAGCUUUUCCUUCCAUACUUCCGUAUAGAAGAGGUUAAAUCCCUCUUACUAGUUAGCCCUGGAUUUAAUAUAGCCUGCAAGUAAACAGUUGUGUUAAAUAACCAGAGUGUUUUGUAUAAUUUGCUGAAACUUUACAGGAUCAUACCCAUGCAGCAGAACAGUCCAAGUUUCCUUAGGAGGAGGGAGUUUGUACAGCAAAGGUGUUUGUACGUGACCGCUAACACAAGCUCUCAUUCUGGAGACAUUUUUCCCAAAGGAGCAGGAGUGCAGGCCACUAGACAUACCUGACAACCAGUGAAGCAUCAACUCCCACAAAGGCAACAUGAAAAAAAUUCUUAUUGAAUACCACAGUCCAACCUUUUAUCUCAUGCAUGUAAUGGCUCUCCAUACUCAUUUUGCCCUGGGCCCCUUGGGGCACCACUGAAGAAGGGUUUAGAGGUCAAAAAAGUCCAGAACAGGCAUAGAAAGAUGUACCAGGUGUAUGGCAUGUAAUCCAUCCCCACCUUCCGCUGCUUUUCCAGGCGGAGGGAGGAUAGCCCUGGAGAACCACCCGCAGGGGCUGUUCUCACACUGCACGGGGACACCGUGCCCUCCGUGCUGCUCAGGGGUGGUGACACCACCACACUGGCACGAUGUGGGCACUGGAUGCCUGCCAGGUGGAGGGUCAGCUGCACUGCAGGGCAGCUGAUUGGCGACAGCGCUCAGAGCUGUGCUUUCCCCUGCCCCAGCUGAAAACUUGCCUCAAAGCAUUUUCUGUGCAGCUUGGAGAGGCUGCAACCAAAGCAAAUCUCUAUGUUCAAAAUACAAAAGGGUAAAGUUUGUGAUUUUUUUUUUUAGGUUAUUUUUGGGGUUUGUUUUUGGUUUUGUUUUUUUUUUUAGUUUUUAGACCUUACUGAAGACAGGAGUGUGCUUCUCUGGAUUUUUUUACUUCACCUGCAAUUAUAUGUCUCAGUCAUUUGUGUUAAUCAACCAAAGUUCUCUACAGACUUUAUUUUUGUACAAUAUUCAUUUUAUAACUUUUUACAAAAUAAAAUUCAUUUCUAUUGUUACGUGGUUGUUGUUUGUGCUUCCCCAUCAUACAAUUUUCAAGUUACAGUGUUGACCAGUUUCCCAAUCUGCAUGAGAAAAUGCUGUGGGCCAACAAAUCCUCCAUGGAGUGGAGCCUUCCUCUCCUAUUUCACCAACACCUUUAAUGUGCAUCAGAAGUGUCUGUAGCUUCUUAGUGAAACAGAACUGAGUCACGGAAAUAAUUGACUUGAAAACGCAUGGUGAACAGUGAUAGUAAUCCUUGUGGGAG